AUGACACAGGAGAUAGUUUGGAGUUUUGAUCUGGAGGUGUGUAUGGUGGUUAGUCUGUAUUUGCCUGUGCCUCAAAGAGAUGGGGACGGGGCCAGAGGACUGAGGAUGGGGCCAGGAAAUGGGACGGGAUCAGGGGACGGGACGGGACCAGGGGACGGGGGAUGGGGCCAGCGGAUGGGGGAUGGGGCCAGGGGAAGGGAUGGGGUAUGGGGCCAGGGGACGGGGGGAUGGGGCCAGGGGACGGGACGGGGGAUGGGGCCAGGGGACGGGACGGGGCAAGGGAACGGGACGGGGGAUGGAACCAGGGGACGGGACGGGGGACGUGGCCAGGGGACGGUACGGGGUAUGGGGCCAGGGGACGGGGUAUGGGGCCAGGGGACGGGACGGGGGAUGAGGCCAGGGGACGGGGGAUGGGGCCAGGGGACGGGGGAUGGGGCCAGGGGACGGGACGGGGGAUGGAGACAGGGGACGGAGGAUGGGGCCAGGGGACGGGGGAUGGGGCCAGGGGACGGGGUAUGGGGCCAGGGAACGGGGCCAGGGGACGGGACGGGGGAUGGGGCCAGGGGACGGGGGAUGGAGACAGGGGAUGGGACGGGGGAUGGGGCCAGGGGACGGGACGCGGGAUGGAGACAGGGGACGGGACGGGGGAUGGGGCCAGGGGACGGGACGGGGGACGUGGCCAGGGGACGGGACGGGGGACGGGGCCAGGGACUGGGACGGGGGAUGGGGCCAGGGGACGGGACGGGGGAUGGGGCCAGGGGACGGGACGGGGGAUGGGGCCAGGGGACGGGAUGGGGGAUGGGGCCAGGGGACGGGACGGGACGGGACGGGGGAUGGGGCCAGGGGAUGGGACAGGGGGAGUGA